GAGCAAUUAUUAAGAGUGAAUACAUUCCUCAACAGUUCUUCUACCCAACAAUAACAACCCGGAUACAAGCCUUCUGCCAGAACACAAGCAGCACUUUUUGCUAUUAUCCACCGCUUUAAUUGAUACCAUUUCUUCAAUUGUUAUUGUUAGUUGUAUCAAGAUAUCAUUCAUAUUUGUAUAUUUACCAACCUAGCAUUUCCUCCAAAAGUCUAACCUCACAAAUUUACAUUAACAAAACAAACUAAACUACUCUCUCAAUCAGUAUGCCAGCCGCAACUCACAUUAAAUUCUUUGAAUACAAACCAAGUGGAAAGGACAAAAAACUGCAAAAGACACAAACAGGAUGUCACUCAACCUUUCCAAUUCAUUUAAUAAGGGAUGUGAAUCAAGCUACAAUUCAAAACAGAGAUCAACACAGAGGUUCUCCACUGAAUACAAGCCACUCUAAUGCAUCAUCCAGCUCUAGCACUUCAAAUAAGUCUUCAACGAAAACAGUGAAUGCUCAUAACCAGAAAUCUAUUCCACCAUCAAUACAACAACCACCAGUAGUGCAACCACUAGUUAAACCACAACAAGCAACAAAACCCCAUUCAACGCAACCAUACACUCCUGUUUAUCAAGUAACAAAACCACUCUCUCCACAUGCAUGUAUUUCAACCACAACAACCGUACAACCAACCCAAUACUAUGCCCAAACACUUCCUUCAAUCCCUCAUGCCUACCUUAAAACUGUUAUACAUCCUAUUGCAGCUCCUGCCCUUACAUCUCUUCCACCCCAACCUGCUCAACAUUAUGUCGUUCAUUACCACCCUCAUCAAUCCUACCUUCAUUCUCGCAGCAGUAACGUUCAAAAUUCAUAUCCAAUUCGUAUUUCACACGGAAUCUCGAAAACUCACAAAAUGACACACCCUGUAAGACAAAUUUGGCCAUCACAACCAUUGAGUGAAAAAUUCUACGAUCUCCCUCAAGAUAAGGCGCGACAUGCUAACCUUAUUUGGGGAAAUGCAUCUUCAACAGAUUUGAAGCAAACUUCAAGUCCACUGAAAGCAACAAUAUCAACUCAGAAUGCUGUUAGUAAGGAACAUUAUAUAAAUGAACCUCCUUCCCCUCCUACAGUCGAGCAUUACUCGCCCUAUCCAAGUAAGAUUUCCAGCAGUGAAAUAGUAUAUCCAGGUUCAACACCAACCAAUCAUUUAAAUGUUGGAUCUCAAACUCUUCCUUCAAUUGCAGAUCUUUUUGGAACAUCUCAAUCGAAAACAUUUAGAAAGGCAGUAUCAAUAUCAGAUAUACUACACUAACAAAAAAAAUAAAAUUUU